CAGCAGCAGCAGUAGGAGCAGCGGCAGCAGUGAAUUUCACAUCACAGCAGCAGAAGGAGGAGGAGAAGAAAGAGGGAGAAGAGAACAGGAGGGACAAGAAAGAGACACAGGGAAAAGGGAUUUACGGAUCCUCGACCAAGCAUGGCUACACAAACGACAGCAUCAUGCACCGGAUCCACAUUACUGCAGCCCAUCAGCGACAUCAUCAACCUCCCUCUGGACCAGGUGAACUUCGUGGCCUGUCAGCUCUUCGCCCUGCUGAUGGCCGUGUGGUUUCGGCUCUACCUCCACCCCAGUAAGACCAGUCCGUUCAUCAGGCACGUGGUGGCCACCCUACUGGGCUUCUACUUGGCUCUCUUCUGCUUCGGCUGGUAUUCCCUCCACUUCCUGGUGCAGAGUGGUCUGUCCUACGGCGUAAUGGUCUUCGCCGGCCUGGAGCGCAUGCACAGGUACUGCUUCAUCGUGACCAUGGGCUACCUGAUCAUAUGUCAGAUCACACGAGUCUACGUGUUUGACUACGGCAUGUACUCUGCAGAUUUCACAGGGCCCAUGAUGGUUAUAACACAGAAGAUUACCAGUAUGGCUUUUGAAUUACAUGACGGACUGACCAAACGUGAGGGACAGCUCACCCCCAAUCAGAAAUACCUAGCUAUCAGUCGGAUGCCCAGCUUGCUGGAAUACCUGAGCUACAAUUGUAACUUUAUGGGCAUCCUGGCCGGACCCACCUGCUCCUACAACGACUACAUGGCCUUUAUUGAAGGCACGUGCUACGAGCCACGCCACCAGGAGAACGCCAAUGGCAAGGAGAACGGGAAGUACAAGCAAAGUGAACCCUCACCUAAGAAUGAUGUCAUCUCCAAGCUGUGCACGUGCGCCCUCUCACUGGCCGUCUAUCUGUCGCUGUGCAAGCUGCUGCCUGUGGAACACUCCAUAGACGAUGACUUUAUCAGUUCCACACCGUUCCAUCUGCAGGUUGUUUACCUGUACCUGGCCAUGCUGGCACUGAGGCCAAAGUACUACUUCGUGUGGACACUGGCUGAUGCGAUCAACAACGCUGCCGGGUUCGGAUUCAACGGAUACAACAAAGACGGCUCACCUCGGUGGGACCUCAUAUCAAAUCUCAGAAUUCUGGACAUUGAGUCAGCCACCAGCUUCAAGAGCUUCUUAGACAACUGGAAUAUCCAGACAUCUCUUUGGCUCAAAAGGGUUUGCUAUGAGCGUUGUCCCAUUAACCCCACUGCUGCCACCUUCAUGCUGUCAGCCAUGUGGCACGGUGUUUACCCCGGCUACUACCUGACCUUUGUCACAGGCAUCGCCAUGACCAUGGCAGCACGUGCCGUAAGAAACAACAUCAGACCAUAUUUUCUGGUCUCUGAUUCGCACAAGCGCAUCUAUGAUGUCAUCACGUGGGCGGCUACUCAGGUCGCCAUCAGCUACACAGUGGUGCCUUUUGUCCUACUGGCAGUGGGGCCUUCACUCAAAUUCUACUGGUCUUGGUAUUUCUGCUUACACCUCCUGUGUCUGCUGGUCGUUCUGGCCCUGCCUGUCAAAAAGAGACGCAGAGAGGUCAAAGGGCAGACAUACAGCCUACAGAAGGAGAGGCAACAGGACAACCAGAACGAGCACAACUGCACAGACAACAACUGCAACCAGAAAGACAAAACCUCAUGAGGCCCAGAACGUUGACAGCCAGGCCUGUGCCCAGAAACACUGAAAGGAACAAUGAAACCCACGGAGAAAUGGAUUUUGUUAACAAGAAGGAAGAACCAAAAGAAAAAAAAUUGGAAGAUUAUAGAGAAUCCUAACAGAAAGAGAAAAAAAACCCCAUCAUUGUCCUCCUGGCAAUUGCAAGCAAAGUAGCAAGAAAGACGACAGACACACUUCUGACAUGGAAAAGACCAGAGAUGUAACAAUGGUCACACUGUAAACUAAUGAGUGAUAAAUGUUCUUUUGCAUUGAGUGAAAUCUAAGACUUUCAAGCUGCCUUAAACCCUCCAUGUACUUCGUUAGGAUGGCAUGCUGCAAAAGCCUGAAAAGCCGGUCACACCCCUGUGGUUUAGUUCAAACCACAGGGGAAGUGAAGUAUGUAGAGGGUUUUUGUCAUUGUCUGGAAACAGUACAUGUGUUUAUGUCGGAAAAAAAAAAUCCAACAUCUUUUUUUUAUCAUCAGCUGCCAAUUUAAAUUUCAAACAGGCCUUAGGAUCCUCGUAACAUUGUUUAAUUUCUACGUCUUUCUAACGAAUAACUCACAUGAUAUGUUUUGUACGUAGGUGUUUGUAACAAUUCCACAAGGAAUUCAUAUUCAAAGAUUUAUUAUUUUUUUCCCAAAGUGAAAUCUGACUUUCACGUCUCUUCGUUUUUUUCCACCUCCAGCAUUUGUAAAGUCUAAAUGAGACACUGGACUCAUGUGAUUGUUUUUGUUUUAUAUUAUUCAUAUCUGCUGCUUGUUUUCGACCACCACCGCUCAUAGGAUAAAUGUGUGUAUUAAAGGGAGUUUUUAUUAACCCUGUUGUUAUUUAGAAAACUUUUUAAAGGAGUCCUGACCAGGGGUUCAAGGGUAAGACCAGACCACUUUUUAGUGUUUGUAUGUUUGAACACAACAGGUUUCCUCUCUUUUCAAAUGUCUGUUGUAUCAAAGAAAUUAGUUAUUACAUAAAACACAGUGUUUACAGUCAGGUCCAACCUACUUUGAUUCGUACACUCACCCCAUUAAUUACACUGAUUAUAAUGAGGUUUCAUUACGAGUCAAAUAAAUGUAAAAAUGCUCCCAAAUUCUGACCACAUGUCUCUGGUUCUGGUCGGUCAAUACACGCAUAACAUUUGGAUGUGAGGAAACCUAAUGUGAUAUUUAUGUACGUGACAUUGUAUUGUACAAAAUUUAAAACACCCAGACCAGCUGUCGGUAGCUGGCCUCCCAUAGUGUGUGCGUUUAUGUUAGAUUAGGCGACGUUUCAGGGUGCGUUUACUGUAUUGAAUAAGAGACACUGGUUCCUCAUGUUGUUUUGGGUCCACAGCUCACCUCCAGUCGUGCACACCCACCAGAGUAUUCUUUAUGACACCCAUUCCAGUGACAGGUAUCAUUGAACAGAUUUGAUGAAUUUUUGUAACAGAAAACAAACGUUUUAAUAGUUGAAUUUGACACUUCACUAUGGAAAUGUUUGAGCAGCAGUACUCUGAGAAAUGAUGUAUCCCAUGAUAUCAAAAACACUUUGGAGUUGUGCAUAGUUUAGUUCCGACGUCCUUUCUGUUAAUGUGGUUGGUUUGGUACUUUCGUGUCAUGUGAUAUAUAACAUAGAGGCAGAGGUGAGCUGUAAGAAAGUGUGGACAUUUUUUCCCCUUUUACUUUCAUUUUAAGACAUUCUAACUGCAUAUUCCUGCCAUUACCGUGUGUGUGUACCAGUGUUCAUGUGAUCCGUACAUGUCAAUGUGGUCUCAUGUAGAGUACGUUUGUAGCCUGGGGCCUUGUGUAGGUGAGUGUGGCCCAAACUAAAGAAAGGGAUGUCAUUCUUCAAAAAACAUAGCGAUUAUUGCACUGCAUGGCCACCCAAACCAGCAGAUCAAUGUAAACUGCUCCAUAUGUCCAAAGUGCCAAACCACAAAUGGCGCAUUUUUUUCGUGAGUGUGUAUGUCUGCAUGUAUGGGAGUGUGUUUCUGGUGAGUGUGUGUGUGUAUGAGCAUGUGUCCUUGUUGUAGGUGUGUAUGCGUGUGUGCGCCUGUGUAACAUAAUGGUUAUUUUUGUGUCAGAAGGAGAUUUAUUGAAAGAUUUGUAUAACAGUACAUUAAAAUUCUGAUUUAUGUGGCAAAAUAAAGAGAAAUUAUUUUUAAACA